AUGAAGUGUGAGUGGGAGCUUCUGGAAAGGAAGGCCAUGGCCUGGAUUCACAUCCAUGCAGCUGCUGUCAGCCACGCGCUUGUGAAAGCCGCGAUUGCUUUCAUGAAAUCAUCUGCGAUCGUGCCGUCUUUGCCCUUUGAAGAUACCGUCCAGAAGAACAAGUCUGACUUCCUCACAGGUGUGAGGAAUGCUUCAGUGGUGACCGAGUUUAUUCUGCCGGGCAUCCCACACACAGAGGAUCUGGAGACCAUGCUCUUUGUCCUGUUUUUGUCCUUCUGCCUCUUUACCCUUAUGGAGAGCCUGCUCACCCUACUGGCAGUCGUCUCCUCCGUUCGACUUCACACUCCCAUGUACUUCUUCCUGUGUCAACUAUCAGUGUGUGACAUAGUUUUUCCUUCUGGGAGUUCCCCCAAGAUGCUCUUCUACCUCUCAGGGAACAGCCGAGCCAUCUCCUAUGCAGGCUGCAUGUCCCAGCUCACCUUCUACCAUUUCCUGGGAUGUACUGAGUGUUUCCUGUACACAGUAAUGGCUUAUGACCACUUUGUUGCCAUAUGUUACCGUCUGCGCUACACAAUAAUCAUGAGUCACAGAGUGUAUGCCAUCCUGGCCAUGGAGACCUCAUUUUCUGGUUGUAUUCAGGCCACCUUUCUAACUACUCUCACAUUCCAACUGUCCUUCUGUGGCCCCAGUGAGGUGGACUCUUUCUUCUGUGAUAUCCCAGUGAUGCUGAAGCUGGCUUGUGCAGACACCUCAGCCCUGGAGAUGGCGGGGUUCAUCAGUGUGGGCCUCAUGCCCCUCAGCUGCUUCCUUCUCAUCCUCACCUCCUACAGUCGCAUUGUCUACUCCAUCCUGCAGAUCCGCUCUGCAGAGGGCCAACGGCACGCCUUCUCAACCUGCAGUGCCCACCUCACUGCCAUCCUGCUUUUCUACAUGCCAGUGGUCCUCAUCUACCUAAGGCCAACCCCAAGCCCCUGGAUAGAUGCAGCUGUUCAGAUCCUGAAUAACCUGGUCACCCCCAUGCUCAACCACUUGAUCUACAGCCUCAGGGAUAAGGAAGUGAAGUCAUCUCUGAGGAAGGUCCUACAUCAACUGGGCUUCCUUCCUGAGCAUUGUAGAGAGAGAUCAGUUGCUAACACUUCAACUGCACUUCAUAGUUUAUGA